AUGGCAUCCACUAACAUCCAGCAGUUGACACUCGAGGAGGAGGCAGGCAUGUGUGCCUUACAACUAGGGAGCGGCUAUGUCCUCCCCUUCACCCUCGAGGCCGCUAUUAAGCUGCGGCUACUCGACAUCUUCGUCAAGGCCGGUCCGGGCACCAUGUUGAGCCAGGUUGACAUCGCUGCCCAGCUGUCGACCAAGAACCCGCAGGCGGCCACCAUGGUGGACCGAAUGCUCCGCUUGCUCGCCACCAAUAGUGUCAUCAGCUGCACCAUCCAAACCAUAGCCGAUGGCUGCCCUUCGAGGAAGUACGUACACAUCCCUAUGAAGGCUGCCUACCAAGGUGUUCAACGAAUGAUGGGCCACACCAACAAGAAUCUACUCCGAGUCUACAGUGGCUUCAACGACAUGGAGGUGCUUGUCGAUGUCAACGGCAUUGAUGGCACAUCCCUCCAAAUGAUCACCUCGAGGCACCGGCACGUCAAGGGCAUCAAUUAUAACCUCCCUCAUAUUAUCACCGGACGCCCCACACUCAUUGACAUUAUAAACUGGAAAGUAUAA